GAGUCAAAGGGUGGCAUCAGGGACUCAUGAUCCAUGUUUGUGGAAGCCCCAUGUCACACUGGAUGUCACAUGAGGUGGGAUGGAACACAGUGACCACGCCACCUCAUUUCCUUUACAGUUUCCAUGCUGGGCCAUGACAGUGAACAGCCUUCAGGCAUGUCUACGGCGGAAGAUCUGAAUUCAGGCUGGUGGCAGGAGACGACACAACCACGUUUUCUUUUAUGCAUGCAUUUGGUUUAAUUGACACAUUAACCACAGACAAAGGGGUAAAGGCCACAAGGUGUUAGGUUAGUAUGAACAGGGAAAAGGACAUUUUUUUUUAAGAAAAAUAAAAGCAUCAGUAUUGCAAAGACUUUCCAUGAUCCUACACCCACCUCGAAAGCCCCCUCUCACCACAGGAAGUGCACUGACCAUUGGAGGCAUAAAAGAGGUCCUCAAAGAGCCUGAUCCUCACUCUCCUUGCACAGCUCAGCAGGACCUCAGCCAUGAGAUUUCUCAUCCUGGCCCUCCUUGGCAUCUGCUGUCUCACUGCAUACAUUGUGGAAGGUGUAGGGACUGAAGUCUCAAAUAAGAGGACCUGUGUGAGCCUCACUACCCAGCGACUGCCAGUUAGCAGAAUCAAGACCUACACCAUCACGGAAGGCUCCUUGAGAGCAAUAAUUUUUAUUACCAAACGUGGCCUAAAAGUCUGUGCUGAUCCACAAGCCACGUGGGUGAGAGACGUGGUCAGGAGCAUGGACAGGAAAUCCAACACCAGAAAUAACAUGAUCCAGACCAAGCCAACAGGAACCCAGCAAUCGACCAAUACAGCUGUGACCCUGACUGGCUAGUAGUCUCUGGCACCCUGUCCCUCUCCAGCCAGCCAGCUCAUUUCACUUUACACGCUCGUGGACUGAGUUUAUACUCACCUUUUAUGAAAGCACUGCAUGAAUAAAAUUAUUCCUUUGUAUUUUUA